AUGCAGCCAAGCGACAUACGAAGAAUGCUUUCCUACACUGAAACCAAGGAAUUUUUGAAUAUCACCCUCACGCCCGAUAUUUAUUAUUACGGACCCGUGUUUUCGCACCCUGACAACUACGGUGUUGAACAUUAUGAUUGGAUUAUGGUGUCUGGGACGGUGAUCGCAUUGUGCGUAUUUUCCGGACUCUACGGAGCGACAUGCAUCACCGGGAUCAAAUUAUAUUACUACGUGAAGCGCAACACCACGAGCGGCACGGCGAUCUCCCCGUUCAUUUUCGAAUUCGUGCCCGUUUUUGUGGUUCUAAUUGGAGGGAGAACAGGAAUCGUCCCCCACAACUGGGGAAUAUGCGCUCCACUCUUCAUAGGAGGCUACUCCGGAUGUGACGCGAUUUUAGCUCUACUACUUUUUAAGACAUAUCGCCAGCGGACUCGGGAGAUCCUGAAGUUGCAGUGGAUC